UUGUAGGGUUAACAUAUUUUAUAACUGUUUUGAUUGGUUAAAUUAUUAGUAAAUAAUAAGAUGUAAAAUGAGUUUAAAGCUAUUUUGUGUCAUUCUAUGUUUUGGUAUCACAGAAACAAUAAAUUUCAGCAAUAAUUCAGAUGUUGCUCUCAAUGUAAACAUCACUACAACAACCCAAUCACCAAAUACUACUCAGUCUACACCAAAACCUAUUGAAACUGCAGCAGAAAAAGAAACACAUGGGUCAAUGACAAUCUUUUUUGUGUUAACUGUAUUAGGAAUCUGUAUUAUCUCCAUUAAUAUGCUUAUAAAAACAAAUUUUAUAUAUCUACCUGAAAGUGUUGCUGUCGUGUUUCUGGGUGCUCUGGUUGGUGGAUGCAUAAAACUUUUGAAAACAUACAACUUGGGAAAUUGGCAGAAGGAGGAAGUUUUUGAUCCAACUCUAUUUUUCUUAGUAUUGCUACCUCCUAUAAUAUUUGAGAGUGGAUAUAAUUUACAUAAGGGAAAUUUUUUUGCAAAUCUUGGUUCAAUUGUUGUGUUUGCUGUGUUUGGCACAAUUAUAUCAGCUAUCACUAUUGGUUGUGGAGUUUUUAUGUUGGGAAAGGCUAAAAUUGCUUAUGAGCUUACUUUUCGUGAAAGCUUUGCAUUUGGUUCUUUGAUAUCUGCUGUUGACCCUGUUGCUACGUUGGCUAUCUUUCAUGCUCUCAAAGCAGAUCCACUUGUAAAGAUGUUAGUGUUUGGUGAAAGCAUUCUAAAUGAUGCUGUAGCUAUUGUGCUUACAAAAGCUGUUUUAUUAGAAUCAAGUUCAUUUCUAUUUUCAUUUGUAUUGUUCAUAAAGAUUUUUUUUGGUUCGGCUGUCAUUGGUGUUUUGUUUGCACUUGUCAGUGCAUUAAUACUGAAAUACAUAGAUUUACGACAUCAUCCAUCUCUAGAACUUGGUAUGAUGUUUAUUUUUUCAUAUGCUCCAUAUGGACUAGCAGAGGGGCUACAAUUAUCAGGUAUAAUGGCAAUAUUAUUUUGUGGUAUUGUGAUGUCGCAUUACACUCACUUCAAUCUUUCUCCUGUCACACAAAUUACUGUGCAACAUGUAUUCAGAACAACAGCUUUUAUGAGUGAAACCUGUGUGUUUGCUUAUCUUGGGAUGUCAAUAUUUAGUUAUACACACAAAAUUGAAAUUUCGUUUGUGGUUUGGAGUGUGAUUUUUUGCCUGAUUGGAAGAGCAUUUAAUGUCUUUCCUUUGUCAUUUAUUCUGAAUUAUUUCAGAGAAACAAAAAUUAACAGAAGAUAUCAAGUAAUAAUGUGGUUCAGUGGACUUCGAGGAGCUAUUGCAUUUGCAUUGUGUUUAAAUUUAGAAGAAUUUGAACCUGAAAAAAGAAGACUUCUUGUGAGCACAUCUCUUGUAAUCAUUUUGUUUACAAUAUUUAUAUUAGGUGGAUCCACUCUUCCACUAUUAAAGUUUUUAAAAGCGACUACAAUAAACAACAAUGAAACACUGACUUUAAGUAAAACUGCAGCUGAGGGUAGCGCUGUUGAACCAGAUCAGCUGACCGAUGAUGAAUGGAGACUAACACAUAAAAUUGCUAUGAAAGGCUUUAUUAAAUUGGAUGCAAAAUAUCUCGUACCUUUUUUUACAAGAACAAUUACGAGACAGGAAAUUAUUGACGCUCAUCAUGAAAUGGAGUUAAUGACGUCACGUUGGUACAACGAAGUUCGUGAAUCGCCCGAAGGAAGUAAUGAAAAACUAAUAGGAACAUAAAAAAAAAACAAUUAGUAAUGUUGUGGUCUUAAGCAAAGCGUUAAAUUCAA